AGAUAUUGAAUCUUUGACAAUGACCACGUUGCCCAGUUGUCGUGUAGUCUACGAUUGUGUAAGUUGAUUAGAAACAUUCAAAAUGAAACUGAUUUUAUUACUAACAAGUUUGAGUGUUGUGACCGGUGAAGUACCGGAGGCCAGUGAAAAUGGUCGUUCGAUUACGUACAGCAAUUACAAACAGAAAAGCUUCUUCUUCCUACCGCCAAUUAUACCGUUAAAUUCAUUCAAACGUAGAAAGCAACAUACGACGACGACUAAACAACCCUGUAUAGGAGACUGCGGUUUACAAGGGUUCUGUUCAUCUAAAUCAGACUGCACUUCAACAGGUGGCACUGCCUCCGGUCUUUGCACAGAUUCCACCGUUUGUUGUAUUAAUUAUGUAAAAUGUGGAACCGAGACGAGCUCAGAGCUAUCAUAUUUCGUCAACCCGGAACACCCUCAGGCGUACAAAGGAGGCUCACAAUGCUUACUGAAGGUUAAAAAAACUGACAGCAGAAUUUGUCAACUUCGAAUCGAGUUCAAAGAAUUCUCUUUAGCGCAACCGAACCAAGAAGGAAAAUGUGUAAACGAUUUCUUCUCCGUUAGCGAUUGUACGAUGAAUAAAAUCUGCGGCGAAAAUAAAGGUCAACAUGUUUACGUUGAUUUCGGCGAAGGUAAAGAUACGCUUGUUUUAUCAGUCGAUACAAACGGUGCUGAAAAAGUGUUACGGAUGUGGAAUAUGGAAAUUAAACAAAUACCUUGCGAGAGUAGCUUACUAGCACCUUCAGGAUGUCUGAUGUAUUUCACUGGUACUUCUGGGACCGUAUCUAGCUUCAAUUACGGUGAACUGAAACUUCAAGAAAGCAGAAGAAAUCGGCAGAUUCGAGGGAUCAACUAUGGAAUUUGCGUGAAAUCCAAACAAGAGUAUUGUGCAAUCGAAUGGAAUGCAGACAAGGAUCCAUACUCGUUUACUGUUUCUGGGAACAGUUCUUCGAUUGAAACACAAGGAGGAGUCGAAUAUAGAGGUGAAUUUUGUCGAAGUAAUUUCAUCGUUGUUGCAAAUCCUUUUAGAAAUGGGUCAUCUGUAAACACAGAUCGUUUCUGUGGUUCUUCAUUAGCUCCAUUUACAACUUCGGCCAAACCAUUUGUUUUGUACGUUGUUGUUGGUCAAAAUAUUGCUCAAGAUGUUGACGAAGGCAAUCGAGGAUUCAAACUAAAUUUUAGACAGUUACCAUGUAGCAAUUGAAUACUUUUCAUGUCUUAAGUAUACCUAUUUUUUUUUAAUUUUUAUGUUCUUACAUAAGUAUUUAAGAAUUAAGAUGAUGAAACAAAUUUAAAAAUAAAAAAAUUAUAAUCAUACACGAUAUCUGACAAUAAAAUGAACUCCUCAUGUUAUUUUUACAAAAAUAAAUUUAAAAUUCCUCGUUUUUA